GCUGGCGGUCACGUGACCGAGGAGCGCGCUGGGUGUCAGCGAAAGCUGCGGGUUCCAGUGCGUUUAUAGUGCCGUGUCAGUAGCCCUUUCGGGCUGGCGGAUAAAGACAUGAAUAUGAGGAAGGGAAAUGAGCAUAAAGAUCGCCCAAGGACUGCAUUUCUUAUCCUCUGUGUUUCAGCCGUGGACUCUCUGCACAAGUCAUCCUCAUUUUAAAUCCCUUCAUUGCAGGAGCCUCCCGAUUACGCCUGCUUAAGAAAUCUGCUGCCGUUCACCUGCCAAAAAAAGUCAGGUUAACACCGGUGCUUCCUUAUGGCUCUGCCAGCUGCCUUCCUGCCUCCGUUCCUCCUGCUGCUCUGCAGUAACGUGGGCGCCGGCAUCCACAGCGCCUCCUGGAGGCUGCAGUGGCCGCUACAGCGAAUGCCGGUGGUUGUGCCCCAACAAACGGCGGAGAUGCCCACCCCACACUUCCUGUCCCAGACUCACUUGGAGGUGAUGUCCCAGUGCGGACUUGAGUGCCACAAAGAAGCCCCGCCCCCUAGCUACUGGGACCUGCGGGACUUCCUCUCCUACGAGACGCUGCACUCCAACGGCAGUCUCACAGAGACAAGCGUGGGCAUCUAUGGCUUUAACCUGGCCAGCCUGCAGGCGCCUGCAGCUCGAACCCGAGUGAGGCGCCAGGUCUACGGCCACGACAGCCGCUUCAGCAUCAUCGGGCGCGACUUCCUGUCCAACUACCCAUUUUCCACAGCCGUGAAGACAUCCACCGGGUGCUCUGGGGUGCUGGUAGGAGAGCGCCACGUCCUCACAGCGGCACACUGCGUGCACGACGGCAAGAACUAUGUCAAGGGAGCCCAGCGGCUGCGGGUGGGUUUCCUGAAGCCGCAGCAACGCAACCCUGCACCCUCCAACAGCAGCAGCGCCCCCGACAGGAUGAAAUUCCAGUGGAUCCGCGCCAAACGCACCCAUGUGCCCAAGGGCUGGAUUAAGGGCAGCGCCAACGAUGUGGGCAUGGAUUACGACUACGCACUGCUGGAGCUGAAGAAGCCACAUCGCCGGCGCCACAUGAAGCUGGGGGUUAGCCCCCCCGCCAGGCAGCUGCCCGGCCACCGUGUGCAGUUCUCCGGCUUCGAUAACGACCGGCCGGGUCAGCUGGUGUACCGCUUCUGUGACGCGCGCGACGAGACCUACGACCUACUGUACCAGCGAUGUGAUGCCCAGCCAGGCGCCAGCGGCUCGGGAGUCUAUGUCCGCAUGUGGAACCGGAAUCUCCGACGCUGGGAGCGCAAGGUCAUCGCCGUCUUCUCCGGCCACCAGUGGGUGGACCGCGAGGGUGCCCCCCAGGAGUUCAAUGUGGCAGUGCGGAUCACACCCCUAAAGUAUGCCCAGAUCUGCUAUUGGAUCAAAGGCAACUAUGUGGACUGUAGGCAGGGGUAAAAAAAAAAUGCUGAACACUCCCCCCCCCUCCCACCCAUGUACCAAGGAGCAAUAUCAAAUUCUGCCAUUUUUCUACGUCUAAAACUGUGCCCAGAAUAUAUAUUUAAUGCCACAUAGUGUGUGUCAGCAUUUCAUAGAAGCAUUCACUCUCACAGGAAAAAUUUUGAGGGGCAAAAACUUUCAAAACCGUGAAAAGCAAAAUAUUUCACAACAAAGUUGAGCAAAGAAUCCAAAGCAGCAAAAUUUCCAUGGCACCAGUGAGACCAUGCUUGACCUGCAUAAAACACCAUGCACACACAGUCACACAAACCACACUCUCUGUAACUGGGAGAAUAUUACGCUACAUAUCCCAGAGAGCUCUUAUACACUGGACAGUGGUUUUUGUGGGUUUUCCUUCGCCUUACCUAAAAAUGAACACUGGAUAGCUGGGAGCCUCCUCAAUAUCCGCUACUGGUUACACGUGUCAUUGUCUAAUGGCUGUGAUCGGCUUUCACAGCACAGCCACGGCAUUCAGUGACAGAGAGCAGCCAGUUGCUACCAGAAAACAUAACUUAAACUUAAUGACAUCCGCUUUUAAUAGUCUUUAAACACUCUCACAGGAGCAACUACCAUUUAUACUUAACCAAAAGUGCCAUUACUUGCUUUAAAUGGUAAAUAUAUAUGCAAACAAAUAAGAAUGUACCGAUGUAACUUGCUGCCUUACAUUUGUAAAAGUGAAGAUUGGAACCUAGGAAACAGCGCCCUCUGCUGGAUUCAAUACGGAAGAAGGCAGGGCAUGUUUUAUGUAUAUUUAAAAACCCAAGAAAAAAAUGCAAGCUGUUCUUAGUAAUCAUGUUCUUACAAAUUGCACUAUUCUACGCUUUGUCAUUUUGUUUGUUUUACUAACAGAUAUGAAACCGAUGAACUGUCUGAUGGGGGGUUUUGGCAAGCUACAGCAUUACUGGUGCACAAUUAAAAGGUUUUAUAUUUGGGCA